CAAAUCCAACAGAUUUAUUUGAAGUCACAAGGUUUCGGAGUACUGCUCCUUCGUCAAAUGAAGUGACGAGCCUACCUUAGCCCAUCUUUUUGCCUGCAAGUGAAAGGUUUUUUUCCCCCUUCGGUUGAUUAUUCAAUUCCAUUCCUCCAGCCACUAGCGACGCUGACCAAAAGUGGUGAUAUUUUUACCAUAGCAGGGGGAUUACAGUUUAAGGUAUAGCCCAGCAGGCAGUAUAGGAACCCGGGGACAGAGCUGCCCAGCUCAGCCCUUAAUCCAAUCCGCCUAAUCUAAUCCUUUAAUGGGCUUCUGGGUAGGAUUUAGAGCGGGGUUGGGGCACCAGGCAGCCAGGCCGGCGGCAUGGAGGACCUGGUCUGGAGCGGGAUCAGCAGCAGCUCCGAGUCCCCGAGCUGCAGCGACGAGGAAGCCGGGGCCCCGGAGGAAUGCACGGAGCCUCCUCUCCGCCUGAAUGUGGGCGGCACCCGGUUCGUGGUCGGCCGGCAGCAGGCAGCCCGUUUCCCUAGCAGCCGCCUCGGGAAGUUGGCUGCCUGCCGGGGCCUGGAACAGGGCCUGCUACUCGCUGAUGACUACUCUGUCGAGCAGAACGAGUUCUUCUUUGACCGGGACCCCGCGGUGUUCCAAGCGGUCUGGCAGCUGUACCGGAGCGGCCGGCUCUGGCCUUGGACCGGCCUGGGCCUGUGCUCCCACCGGUACCACUCCGAGCUGCAGUAUUGGGGAGUGCGGGGAGCCCAGGCCCAGCGCUGCUGCCGCCUCCUAUUGCAGGAGCGACACCGGCGAGAGGCCGAGGAGGAGCAGCUCCGACUGCAGCUGCAGGCCGUGCUGGGCCUGUCUCCGGGCCCCAAGCCACCUCCGGGCCCGGCUCACUGGCUCGGCCGUUACCGCUACCGGCUGUGGGAGCUCCUGGAGAAGCCGCCGUGCACGGCCGCGGGCCGCCUGCUCCGGGUAUCGGGCUGCCUGACCGUGCUACUGUCCAUCGCCGUGCUGAUCCUGGGUACCGUGCCUGAGCUGAGCGGGAGCCCGAGGCCUGUCCUCUGGGCCCUGGAGACCGGCUGCAGCUGCAUCCUCAGUGCCCAGUUUCUGCUCCGCCUGGUCUCGGCCCCGCAGCCCCACCGCUUCCUGCUCGGCCCCAUCAACCUGGCUCACCUGCUGGCGCUGCUACCCUUCUACAGUGAGCUGGCGGCAGGCCGCCUGCGGACUGGAGAGUCCUGGCCCCGGGCCGAGCACAGCCGCCUCCUCCUCCGUGCAGCCCGCCCGCUCCGAGUGCUCCGGGUGCUGACCCUGGCCCGCUACUCCACCGGACUCCGGGCUUUCGGCUUCACCCUGCGCCGCUGCUCGCAGCAGGUUUGCUGCCUUCUGCUCUUCAUGGCCCUGGGGAUCUUCACCUUCUCGGCCCUGGUUCACCAGGCCGAGCACCAUCUCCCCGGAACCAACUUCAGCAGCAUCCCGGCGUCCUGGUGGUGGGCGGCGGUUAGCAUGUCAACAGUUGGUUAUGGAGACAUCAUUCCUGAGACGCUGCUGGGUCGAGUGUUUGCGUUUGGCUGUAUUUCCUUUGGGAUCAUACUGAACGGCAUGCCGAUCUCCAUGCUUUUUAACAAGUUCUCAGACUAUUAUGCUAAACUGAAGGCCCUGGAACGGGCUUCAAUGUUGAAAGAAAGGGGAGAAAUUGCUCUGAAAGAUCGGGUUCUGAGGAAACUGGCCCAAUGCUGUGAAAAUCAGGUCCCCAGAGACUGAGAAGUGAAGACACAGAUAUAACCCUGUGGAACCUAGUGGGAAAUCAGGGAAUAUCUAGGCUAUCCUCAUGUUCAGAUUGGAGCGUGACUUCUGCUGAUCACCCCCCGCCCCCCGCGAGUUUCUUCCUUCAGCACUGAGUAGCCCAGAGCACUUGAGCACUGAGUCUGUGGGUAGCUGUGGUUAUAGUGACCAUGUACAGAAAAACUUGAUCCUGGCCCUGAGCAUCACACCCACCAGGGAAACGCAUAUGGAGUAAACCGCACCAGAUCCUGUCUGAUCUGGUGAGGCUAGAAACCAGUCAAUCCCUUUGUCAGUUAGUGGCGUGAACUCAUUUCAUACAAAAGGUACCAAACCCAACAUUCUUCGUUAAUUGAGAUAACAAUUUGUAGAGCU